UAGGAAAAACAUGGAACAUUUGAAACGUUGGAUAAGAGUGGUGGUAAUGAUAUUGGUGUUCCAAAAUGGGCUGGGUUGGAGUCAUGGGUGUGUGGACCAAGAGAGCGAGGCUCUCUUACAACUCAAACCUUUCUUUAAUGGCUUAAAUUGGCCAGAGAGUAGCAAUUCUUCAGAGUGUUGCGAGUGGGAAAUGGUGGAGUGCAAUACCACUACUGGCAGAAUAACCAAGCUCUCUCUUGCUCAAGGAGUAAUGGAGACAACGGAGUGGUAUCUCAAUGUCUCUUAUUUUCUUCCAUUUGAACAACUCAAAAGUCUCGACUUACACAGCAAUUAUAUAGUUGGUUGUGUGGAGAACGAAGGAUUUGAAGUAUUGUGGUUGAGGUUGAAGAAACUGGAAGUCCUUGACUUACGUUGGAAUAAUUUCAAUGACAGCAUUAUAUCAUCUCUGAGCGGUUUUUCUUCUCUCAAGGUUCUUUAUCUAGUUAACAAUGAAAUGGGAACUACCUUAGAUACCAAAGGUUUCGAAAGUCUAUGGCAAUUGAGCAAUUUAGAGAUUCUUGAUUUGAGCUGGAACUACUUCAACAACAGCCUUUUGUCAUCCUUACGUGGUCUUUCUUCUUUAAAAGAAUUAUAUCUUGGGAUCAACCAUCUAAGUGGAACAAUUAAUAUGGAAGAUUUUAAUGGUAUCUUCAACUUAAAGAAAUUGGAUGUGAAUUUCAAUGAGAUUACCGGCUUUGAAUCAUUUAAAGGCGAUUUGGAGUUCCUCGAUUUGACCAAUAACAACUUCACCAACAGUGUUUUUGCAUCCCUUAGUGGACUUUCACAUCUGAAGACUCUAAAUUUAUCAAACAAUCAAUUGAAAGGAUCAACACACCUCAAAGGCUUGUGUGAGUUGAAAAACUUGGAGGAGCUUGAUCUUGGUGACAAUGAACUUGAAGGACCACUUCCACCAUGUAUGGCAAACCUGUCAUCUCUUCACACUUUGCGACUCAUUCGCAAUCAAUUCACUGAAAAUAUUGCUUCCACUCCUAUACCCAAUCUCAAGUCCAUUGAAAUCCUCUCACUUGGAUCUAAUCACUUUCAAAUAUCCCUCAAGCCAUUUGCAAAUCACUCAAGUCUAAAAUAUUUCUUGGCUAAUGAAGGUAACGAGUUGAUUGACGAAGCUGCCUCUCAACCUUGGACUCCAAAAUUCCAACUUGAGGUGUUGAGUUUGUCAAAUUGCAUACCAAAGAAUUCAAAUGCAAACCUUUUCAGCUUCUUAUACAAUCAAUUCAACUUGAGAUAUCUUGACCUCUCUGGUUCAAAGUUUGGUGGAGUAUUCCCUAGUUGGUUGUUUGAGAACAACGCAAGAUUAGAAGAGAUUUACUUGGCCGAUAACUCAUUUGUCGGUCAGUUUCUAUGGCCAUCACAUCCUAAUCCACGCAUAUCUUGGAUAGACAUAUCCCACAACAAGUUGAAGGGUCACAUUCCGUCAAAUAUAUCUUCCAUUUUUCCAAAUCUAGUGUCCUUAAACAUAUCUAAGAAUUCCUUUCAAGGUAUCAUCCCUCCAAGUUUUGGUAACAUGAAGUCCUUGAAAUUUCUGGAUUUUUCAAAUAAUCAGCUGUCUGGAGAAAUAAAAGAGCAAUUUGCUAACACUUCGUUGCAUCUCAUCAAACUCUCAAUCAAUAAUUUUUCUGGUAGCAUUCCUACCUUGUUUGACCCUGCUCCUUUGGAUUUUCUAUUGCUGGAUGGAAAUAACUUUGUUGGGGAGAUACCUGAUCUCUCACCAUUCAUAUAUUUGAUAUCAUUGGAUAUCAGUCAUAACUCUCUGUCAGGCAGGCUUCCAACUUGGGUAGGCAAUAUGUCAAACUUGUUGGAAAUAGUUAUGUCCGAUAAUCAAUUUGAGGGUUCUGUUCCCUUAGAAUUCUGCAAACUUUACAAACUUAAAUUCUUAGAUCUCUCAUGGAACGAGUUAUCUGGGUAUAUACCACCUUGUUUCGGGGAAUUAGCAGAUCUAGAGAAUGUCCAUUUGAGAGGAAACAAAUUGAGUGGUCCCAUUCCACAUGCUUUUCUCAAUUGCACUGGUUUGCGCAUUAUAGAUCUUGGAGAAAACAACUUCACCGGAACAAUACCAAAUUGGAUCGGUAACUUCCUAAAUUUGGGUGCUCUUCUUCUGCAAGCAAAUAAUUUACAUGGUGAAAUUCCCAUUGAGUUAUGCGGUUUGCAACAAUUGAACAUGUUGGUUCUUUCCUCGAAUAAUCUAUCUGGACGCUUACCUAUUUGCUUAAGCAAUUUGUUGUUAACAACAACAGGUGUGUCUUAUCAAGCCUUUACAUGGAGUCCUUAUAUCGAUGGUGUUCCGACUUUCAAAGACUCUUAUUCUGAUCUUGGUCGUUUCGGUUCCCCCAUACAAGAAGUUUUGGUGUAUAUAACAAAGAGUAACUCCCUUAAUUACACAGGAUACAUCCUUGAUCACAUGUAUGGAAUCGAUCUUUCUUGCAACAGAUUCUCUGGUGAAAUCCCCAUUGAAUUCGGAAAGUUAAGUAAUGUCAGAUCGUUAAACUUAUCUCACAACAAUCUGACAGGCUUAAUUCCGACAACAUUUUCAAACUUGAAGCAGCUAGAGAGUCUGGAUCUUUCCUACAAUGACUUACAUGGUCGAAUCCCCCAACAAUUGAGUGAGGUAACCUCUUUGGCAGUGUUUGUUGUGGCUCAUAACAACUUCUCAGGCUCAAUUCCGACGAAAAAUCAAUUUGGGACUUUUAAUGAGAGCAACUAUGAAGGAAAUCCCUUUCUUUGUGGACCCCCAUUAAAUAAGAGUUGUGGUGGUACUAAUUUUACAUCCCCAACUACGUAUCCCUUUAUUGAGCAAAGCGAAGACGAUAGUUUCAUGGACAUGAUUGGUUUCUGGGUGAGCUUUGUGGUGACCUACACCAUUAUACUAUUCGGUAUGGUAAUAAUCUUGUACAUAAAUACAUAUUGGCGAGCAGCGUGGUUUUACCACAUCGAAGUAUUCAUCAACACUUGCUACUAUUUUGUGGUGGAUAAGUUCGAAUAAGAUCUUGAAGCUCUGAAUAUGGUUUUGUGCUUUAAAGUUUAUGUAUUUUUUUUCCUUUCUUUGUAAUCUUUGCCCGUCUCUAGAAUGCAUCUUAUCUCAUUUUGGCAAUAAAAUUACUCUCAAUGCAA